AUUAAAAAAUUAGUACUUUUAGUCCGAAGCUAAUAUAUAAUUUACUAUUUAGAAAAAAAAUAUUACUUAGGUGAUUCAAGAACUUUAAUGUUUACACAACUUAUGAAACAGGUCUGGAAUGGCCGUGGUAAAAUUAUAUCAAAGUGAUAAUUUCUUAGUUGUAAACAAGCCAUAUGACAUGUACAUAAAUUCCGAUGAUGAAAAUGAAAAGAAUACAGUCGCUUGUCACAUAGCGAAACAAGACUCUCAUCGCUCAAAAUCAGCACAUCCACUGCAUUUUGUCCAGAGAUUAGACUACUCCACUAGUGGCGUUCUCUGCAUGGCUUUGAAUAAAACUGCAGCUGCCAGUGCUGGUAGACUUUUCGAGAAGAGACUAACAAACAAAUACUACCUGGCAAUCGUUAGAGGACAUUUAAAUUUCGAAAUCUGUGAUAUAAAGUAUCCAGUUGGUUCUGAUCAGACAUCACCAGAUACCAGUCACAAGAUGCUUGCAUUAACUGAAGCGACAAGAUCUGUGUGUGGUUCUCCAAGAUCGGCUGAGACUCGCUUACUUGUACUUGAGUCAGGAUAUUACGAAGACAAUCCUAUUACCGUAGUACUCUUGAAGCCUUUAACUGGUCGUCGUCACCAGUUAAGGGUGCACUGCUCAGCCAUAGGUCAUACCAUCUUAGGUGACUAUACGUACAGUGAUCGACAAGAUACAUCCCCACAUAGAAUGUUCUUACAUGCAACUAGGCUUGUUUUACCUCUGCCGAAAGAACCAUUAGAUGUUCAAACGGCAGAACCAUUUUUUUCUGAUAGUAGAUUCACUUCAAAGUGGACACCGCUUGCUAAAAAGUACAGCUAUUGCGAUAAAGAAGAUUUUAUUAAAGUAUGCGAUGUCAUAGAUCAAAUUAAUGAAAUAAGGGAA